UGGAGAAUGUCGAGGAGAGUUUGUUUCUCGCCAGUCUGUAGCAGAACGAGUUCUAGACACCAUCAGUUAGGUCACAACGCAGCUGGAGAAUCCACGGAGUUCGAAAGAUAGAUGAGGGACGGUGAUGCACUCUGGUUGGUUAGGAAAGCGGUUAUGACUUUUCAGCGGCUAUGUGAUGCAGACAUAGAUCAUUCUCAUAGUGGACCCCAGUAGAACCUUGAUUUCCGCAACUGCUGAGGCACCUGAAACUAGAGAUUUUUGGGCACGUCUUGGAUUGAGUACAGUAUGAUGACGUGGGUUAUAAUACUCACCCUUUUCACUGCCACAUGGAUGUCAGUUGUGGCAGAGGGUACACCAUACGUAGAAAAGUACAACUGCAAUGACGAAGGGAAAUACCUAAUAAGCACUGGAACUGUAGCACUUGGUAGUGCAAAGAUGUCCUGUACUAGUCAAAGUUACGAUCUCCUACAACAAAAACACAUCAAUACUUCAUGUAUUCAAGGCUAUCUGGCUCAUAUCAAUACAGUGCUAAGCAAGGUGGUAACGCUCUAUGUGUCUAAUGGAAUGGGAUCUGUAACUUGUGAUCCUUUGGCAACGCCAUGUCCAGCCAAUGCUCUUGUCAUCUGCAACCAUACAUUAACAUUGACCAUGGACACCAUGUGCAAUGACACUCUUCAAGUUGCCAAUGGCAAGAUAACAUACCCUUCUGGAUUGCAGUUCCCAUCGGAAGCAUUCCUCUCAUGUGACACAGGAUAUGACAAAAGUUCAGCCGGAAAAUACGCGAGUUGUCCAGAAGAAGGUGAUGACUGGUCAGACGUAUCAGGGCAGGUUUGCAAUGCUAUCAUUUGCCCUAAGCCCUCAAUAAUGAAUGGCCGACUAAUUGGUACUGCUCCGAAAUUCUUCGUAGUCUGCAAUGCAGACCAUGUCAUUACAGGAGACCCUGUUGUGUCGUGUACAAGCCAUAAUACCACAACUAUACUUCCAUCUUGUCAACCAAAUUGCUUUGCUCCGGGAAUUCCUCAUGCCAGGUUAAGCUCGACGCAGAUACAUGUCGGGACAGUACUAAACAUAACGUGCGACUGUGGAUAUGAAAUAUCUGGUCCUCAAGAGAUCACCUGCCAGGAUUCACAAGUAUGGACUCAAAUGCCUACCUGCCAAGAGAUCAUGUGUACUGGUUCAGUAUCUGCGCCGAUGAAUGGUCUCGUGACCAGCGGAGGCAAUACGUUGUCAGCAGUACGUCAGUUCACUUGCAUGGAAGGUUAUGAACUGAGCGGUGCAACUUACACGAUAUGUCAGACAGAUGGGUCAUGGUCAGCUGCUAGUCCAAUGUGCACACAAAUCACCUGUACAGCUUCAGUGUCAACACCAACAAAUGGUCAUGUGACCAGCGGUGGCAAUACAUUGUCAUCAGUACGUCAGUUCUCUUGCAUUGAAGGUUUUAGAAUGAGUGGUGAAGGUUACACUAUAUGUCAAGCAGAUAGUUCCUGGUCAACUGCUAAUCCUGUGUGCACAAAAAUCACCUGUACAGGUUCAGUGUCAGCACCUACAAAUGGUCUUGUGACCAGUGGUGGCAAUACGUUGUCAUCAGUACGUCAGUUCUCUUGCAUUGAAGGUUAUCAGCUGAGUGGUAUGAGUUACACAACAUGUCUAUCAAACGGGUCUUGGUCAUCUGCCAUGCCAGUCUGCACACUGAUCAAAUGUCCGGCACUUCGUCCACUACCAUCUGGCAAGACUGUAGAAAGCUUUCCAGGCAUCGUCUUCUAUGCAUGCAAUGCAGGAUUUCAACUUGUAGGCACAUCAGCUUCAAGGUGUAUGGCUAAUGGAACCUGGUCGACUAGUAUGCCUCGAUGCAACCCAAUUCAAUGCGCACCACUUGCUCCACCCACAGAUGGUACACUUGUAAGAAGUUCACGGCAGGUGUUUGGCAUCACUGAGUUUGCAUGCAACAAAGGAUUUGCACUAAAGGGGCAAGGAGCUGCAGUAUGUAAGGAGGAUGGAACCUGGUCAUCUAACACACCCAUGUGUGAAGAGAUCACUUGCUCUGCUGUAAUCACAGCCCCGACAAAUGGCCGUGUUACCGGUAGCGGCACUAAAUUGUCAUCUGUACACCAGUUCUCUUGCAUGGAAGGUUAUCAACUGAGUGGUACGAGUUACACAACAUGUCUAUCAAAUGGGUCUUGGUCGUUUGCCAAGCCAGCCUGCACACAAAUUAUAUGUUCUGGCUCAGUGACAGCACCAACGAAUGGUGAAGUGACCGGUACUGGCAAUACAUUGUCAUCAGGGCGUCAGUUCACAUGCAUGGAAGGUUAUCGAAUGAGUGGUACAAGUUAUGCAAUAUGUCAAGCAAAUAGUUUUUGGUCAACUGGCAGACCAAUUUGCACAAAAAUCACCUGUACAGCUCCCGUGUCAACACCUACAAAUGGUCAUGUGACCGGUGGUGGCAAUACGUUGUCAUCAGUACGUCAGUUCUCUUGCACUGAAGGUUAUCAACUGAGUGGUAUGAGCUACACAACAUGUCUAUCAAACGGGUCUUGGUCACUUGCCAAGCCAGUCUGCACACAAAUCACCUGUACUAGUGCAGUGACAGCACCGGCAAAUGGUCAAGCUACCGGCACUGGCUCUACAUUGUCAGCAGUACGUCAGUUCAUUUGCAAUGAGGGUUAUCAAUUGAGUGGUUCAAGCUACACAAAAUGCCUUUCUGAUGGGUCAUGGUCAACUGCCAUUCCAAUGUGUAACCAAAUCACCUGUACAGCUUCCGUGUCAGCACCAACAAAUGGUCUUGUGACCAGUGGUGGCAAUACGUUGUCAUCAGUACGUCAGUUCUCUUGCACUGAAGGUUAUCGACUGAGUGGUAUGAGCUACACAACAUGUCUAUCCAACAGGUCUUGGUCAUCUGCCAAGCCAGUCUGCACACAAAUUAUAUGUUCUGGCUCAGUGACAGCACCAACGAAUGUUCAUGUGACCGGUACUGGCAAUACAUUGUCAUCAGGGCGUCAGUUCACAUGCAUGGAAGGUUAUCAAAUGAGUGGUACAAGUUAUGCAAUAUGUCAAGCAAAUGGUUUUUGGUCAACUGGCAGACCAAUUUGCACAAAAAUCACCUGUACAGCUCCCGUGUCAGCACCUACAAAUGGUCAUGUGACCGGAAAUGGCAAUACGUUGUCAUCAGUACGUCAGUUCUCUUGCACUGAAGGUUAUGAGAUGAUUGGUAUGAGUUACACAACAUGUCUAUCAAAUGGGUCUUGGUCAUCUGCUAUGCCAGUCUGCACACAAAUCACCUGUACUGGUGCAGUGACAGCACCGGCAAAUGGUCAAGUUACCGGCACUGGCUCUACAUUGUCAGCAGUACGUCAGUUCACAUGCAAUGAGGGUUAUCAAUUGAGUGGUUCAAGCUACACAAAAUGCCUUUCUGAUGGGUCAUGGUCAACUGCCAAUCCAAUGUGUAAACAAAUAACGUGUGCCGCAUCAACGAAUGCCCCCACGAAUGGUUCAGUGUCAUCUUCAACAAAUACAUACUUCUCUAUAAGAAGGUACUCCUGUACGACUGGGUAUACAUUGAUCGGAAGUAAAGACACUGUUUGUAUGUCCGAUGGGCAAUGGUCGGGUACUACACCCACAUGUUCACAGAUCACCUGUACAGAUUCCGUUUCAGCACCAACCAAUGGUCACGUGACCGGUAGCGGCAAUACAUUUUCAGUAGUACGUCAGUUCAUAUGCAACGAAGGUUAUCAAAUGAGUGGUACCAAUUACACGAUAUGUCAAGCAGACGGCUUGUGGUCAACUGCGACACCAAUGUGCACGAAAAUAUUGUGUACUGGAUUCACAUUCCCAGAGAAUGCCCAAGUAUCUGGUUCAGGUAAUGCGUAUCUCUCUGUUCGUCGAUUCUCUUGUUACACUGGAUAUGCGCUCCUUGGAGAUACAUGUACUGUUUGUAUGUCCAAUGGGCAAUGGUCCAAAAGCAAGACAACAUGUUCACCAAUAGUGUGUCCUGGAUCUACACCUGCUCCAACACAUGGCACUGUGUCCUCAUCAGAGAAUAGUUUUCUCUCAACUCGUCAGUACUCCUGCUUGACUGGAUAUAAACUAAUAGGACGUAAAGACAUUGUUUGCAUGUCCACCGGGUUUUGGUCUUCUCCAGCCCCCAGCUGCUCACAGAUCAUUUGUGCUGCUUCAGCGACAGUUCCUACGAAUGGUCGAGUAGCCAGUAGUGGUAAUACACUGUCGGCGGUACGUCAGUUCACUUGCAAUGAAGGUUAUCAAUUGAAUGGUACCAGCUUCAGCACAUGUCUGGAAAGUGGUGCAUGGUCAACGGCCAAUCCAGUUUGCACAAAAAUAUUGUGCCGCGGAUCAACACCGCCACCAGAAAACGGCACUGUGUCGAGCUCAUCCCAAACCUAUUUUUCGGUCCGUCGUUACGCCUGUAUGACUGGAUACAAACUAAAUGGAAGUUCGCACACUGUUUGUAUGUCCGAUGGACAAUGGUCGGGCAGUACACCCACAUGCUCACGAAUAUUGUGUGUCGAAUCAACGCCACCUCCAGAAAACGGAACUGUGUCUAAUUCAUCCAAUACCUAUUUCUCUGUUCGCCGUUAUAGUUGUAUGAUUGGAUACGAGCUGAGUGGAAGUUCACACACUGUUUGCAUGUCCAAUGGGCAAUGGUCGGGCAGUGCACCCAUAUGCUCAGAGAUCAUCUGUACUGAUCAAGUGACAGCACCGACUGAUGGUCAAGUAACCAAUGGUGGCAAUACAUUGUCAGUAGUACGCCAGUUCUCUUGCAUGGAAGGUUAUCAACUGAGUGGCGAAAGCUACACACGAUGUCAGGAGAAUGGAUCCUGGUCCACUGCCAAGCCAGUGUGCACACAAAUAAUCUGUCCCCAGCCAACAAUUGAUCCAGACUACGGCAGCGUCUCCAUUUCAUUGAACACCUAUCGUUCAGUUCGCCAGUACUCCUGUGGGGCUGGAUAUUCGCUGAAUGGCAGUACGGACACCGUGUGCAUGGCCAACGCUCAAUGGUCUGCAAGUACACCCACAUGCCAAGAGUUGCCCAGAUGCAAGAUUCCACAUGUCAGCAAUGCUGUCGUGUCAGAUGGCACAAAUUGGGAGAACAGCGUCCGCAACAUCUCAUGUAAUGAAGGGUUUGAGUUGGCAGGCAACUCGGUAGUCGUCUGCCUAGCAAGUGGGUUCUGGUCUAGCAUACCCAUUUGCAACCGAAUUGUGGUGUGCAAAGACCCGCUGGUCGCCAAUGGAAACGUGUCGCAAGGACAGAACAACGUUGGCAGCUCAAGAAGAGUGAUGUGCAAUGCUCCCUUUGAGUUACAAAGUGAUAAGACGAUCGUGUGCACGUCCGAUGGCACUUGGUCAAGCAAUCCUAUGUGUAAUGCGACAGUAGCUACAUCAGCGCCAUCGUUUUUCAGCCAGAGUGCCAGUAUACCUUUGAUAACCCUCAUCGGUGGCCUGGGCGUCCUGUUUGCCAUCACAGUUACCACAACCAUCCUGAAGCGUAGACGCUCGUCUGCUGUGGCUAUCACCUUAGAUCACAAGCACGCUGGCAAGCGCGCUGGCAAGAAAACCCGAAGCAUGUCUCAUUCGGAUUUGUUCAAGCGAGCUACUUCACUGGACUUAUACGGCCAGCAAGGGCGCAAGUCAAGCUCUGCACCGAUUGAUGCUAACAAAGACGAGUAUUCAACUCCGAUAGACGGCCAUGCGAUCGAUACCUUCAAGGGCAAUGGUAAUGCACCUUCAGAGCUCACGUCUAAGGCCAAUGGUGAUGCACCUUCAAAACUCACGUCUAAAGCAUCCUGCUCCCCUCCGGCAGAGGAAUAUGACCUGUACGCCAGUUUAAGCAAAGGGCCCACUCCAGUACCCGAGAUCAACACGGAAGCCAGCUACUCGUGCACAGUAGGUGACUUACAGGGACAAGAUGAGUACUCUGCCCCGAUAGAUGGCAAUGCCCCGGAAAAACACACUUCGAAAGCAAGUUCCUCCCAACCGCCGGAGGAAUAUGACCUGUACGCCAGUCUUAGCAAAGGGCCCACUCCAGUGCCUGAGAAUGACACGGAUGCCAACUACUCAUGCACAGCAGGUGGCCCACAGGGACAUGCCACUAGUCUCACUUUGCCAACCUUCCUUAGGCCCUCUACUUCCCCUGAUCUGUAUGAAACUCUCACACGAGAUGAGAGCCCAGCGCCUGACAGCGAUAUGUAUAGCACAUAUUCAGUGUCAUCCGGUAUGGUGAUAUCGGCCGGACCCAAGCGCACUGAUGACGCAUCCACCGAAGCCAAAAUCCAACCUUCACCCCAGCCAACAAAAGAGAUGGAAUUGUACGCUACUCCGAGAAAGGAGCACAGCCUAAUGCCUGAGAACGAAGGUAACAAGGAUAUAUGCUCAUCUCCUUUAUACGCUCGUGCAGGCAGUGAGGCCAGGGGGCCUCGCCCGGAAUCCUCGGAUUACAUUGGCCCGGUCUCGCCCAACCCAAAUCUCGACUUGUACGCAACUCCCAACAAAGAACAGAGCCGUGUGGUUGGGGGCAGUCAGAACACCAUCUACUCGUCUCCCAUGCCGGUGACGGCGGAUAAUGCUCACACAAGCAGUGACGGUGUACACACUGGACCCACUGGUUAACUUUCAUACUUUGAUACCUCUGAUAUUUUUGUGCAACUUGAAACUUUGGAAAUCUUGAAUGCUUGAUCGACAUGUAUAUUUAGGUGGAGUAGGAUGGGAUUUUGCAGUAAUAAGCAACAGUUUUUGAGUUAAAAUAGAGACAAUCAAAAGACCGAUUGUUUUAGCAGUGAAGCUAAACCAUGUGUAUCAUAUAUUCUAUUUUUGCAAUGCUGUUGGUUUGAUGCCUUCUAUUCAGGUGUUUCCACCCUUAUGACAUAAGAGUGAGAAACCCCUAUAUUAUCGAGUAUUUUCCUAAACGGUUACCCAUACUUAGAACCCCACCAAAGAGGACGGAUAGGUUCAAGCCUGUUUCAUUAUUAUCGUGAUUUCAACCCAUUUUGAGCCAUCUUCAAUAGACAUAGGUACAUUAGUUUCUCUCCUCGCGCUGUUAUCGCUAUUAUUCUGCAUGUACCAUUGUGACAAUGGUUAAGAAUGAAGUUGACAGAGGUCAACCUAUGAUUGAAACACGUUUUUGUGUUCAGGCCACGUAAAAAAACACUGUUUCACCAAUGCGUGUGUCGAUAGCCAUGAUUACAGCGCACUGAGGACUUCACAUUGGCCCCAAAAUUACAAUGAUUCGAUGGAGCGGCGUCUCUCAAUUUGCUAUGUGGCCGGCUGAUUCUAUGCAGAGGUCAAGCUCCCUUCCCACCUUGUCACUUGGAGCCCUUCGAACCUUUCUCUGGGAAACCUUCAAACUGCAACACCUCC